GUUACCCCGCCAUUAACAACGCUGUUUUCAUUUCCCUUCUCAGCUCUUCCGCCCAAGCUCUUCCAGGACCCAGAGGACGGGGCAGUAAAGAUGGGAUCUUGCCCCCUGCGGGCAGCCUGCCCCUCUCAGUGCCGCUGCGCUUGCCAUCAGCAGAGGCCGGGGCUGGUGUUGGUUUGGGUCCCAGAGUCCCUUGUUUCCCGGGGAAGCCAUUUAAACGAGGCCUCCGACUCUUCAGACGACAGUGACGUGUUCCACGGGGUCUUAUCCAUCAACGAUGAGCCUGAUGAAGGAAAAUGGGGGGCCCUAAGAAACAAGAUGGCACCUGGGGCCAGCUACCCGGUGAGGCGGAGGUCGCAGAGAUACGAGCGCUGUACCCGGGGGGAGGAAGCGGACGGGGUAUUUAGUGAUAAAGACAGGAACAGCGUGAUUCUAACCUCUUACAGGUCCACGAGUGAGUGUGCGUUAAAUGGCGAGAUGGCUGGUUCCUCCGCUCAUGUCUUCUCUCAGAGCACACUUGGGAUUAGGAACAAAGAGGAUGCUGGUAACUCCACCCCUGAGGAUCUUCACUCGGAAGUGCCGGUUCCAAACACAACUUCAAGGGAUGGCCCUUUAUCACGGACAGACCAAUCCAACAAGCAGACCACGAGUGACCCUUGUCUCGUUAAUGAAGUAUCACCCACGGGAGAGCCGGCUCUUCCUCGGUCUGAACCCCCGCCCUUGAGGAACCAUAAAUCCAAGACCGAGACGCGCUCAGCGACCGCUGCCACUACUACAGAGUUGGAUUGUGCCAGUGGAGAGGCUUUGAGGCCUCAAACUUUGCCUUUAAACAUUGCCCCUGCCCCCGAGCCUCCUAACCCUAAUGCCCCGACCCUGAGGGACCAGCCAGACUCCCGCGCCAUGAUCCGCAAACCGGCUCGACGGAGUAAGCUGCCCCCUGUGUCCACCAAUGGUUUUGGGGAUGUUUCUUUGUUCCCGCCCCCUAGUGCCCCAACCAAACCUCCUCGGGGGGCUGCCCCUCCCCCGCCGCCGGCUCCACCACCGUUCGAGAGGAAAGGGUCCCUCAAGAGGAAUCCAGAAGUUACGGUAAAGGAGAAGACGGGGUCAUUAACCAGCCUAUCGACGGAUGGGUCAAACCAGGGCAAGGUCCAAUCGGCACCGACGGAGAACAAUUCACUGGACGGUCCUCAGGAAGACUCUGCGUCCAGGUUGCAGAAGGUGAGAAGCCCGCAGUCUAUAGACUGGGAAUCCCACCUGCGGGACGAGCCGCUCUACCAGACGUACCGGCAAAUAGUCAUCAAAAAGGAGAUCCGGAGACAGACGGCCCCGCGGAACAGCAGCUUCACCAGCUACGACUCCACGUUAGACAGUCCCCUCUCAUCAGGGGGGUCUCCGAGGCUGGGACGGAGAUCGGCCGCCCAGCACAACACGUUAUGGCAGGAGCUGCCCGCCGUGAAGGAAAGCGGGGUGCUGGAGGGCAUGAGCAACGAACAGAAGAAGAUGCAAGAGAGCAUGUUCGAGGUCCUGACAUCAGAGGCGUCCUACCUGCGAUCGCUCAACGUCCUCACCGAGCACUUCCUGGGGUCCCGCGAGCUCCUCGACGCCAUCAUCAUCCGCGAGCGCAAGAUCCUCUUCUCCAACAUCCUCAAGGUCAAGGAGGUCAGCGAGAGGUUCCUGGUGGAUCUGGAGGCCCGUGUUGAUGACAGUAUACUCAUUACUGAUGUUUGCGACAUAAUCCAUCUCCACGCCGUCAGUCACUUCUCCGUGUAUAUCGACUACGUGCGGAACCAGCUGUAUCAGGAGAAGACGUACAGCGAGCUCAUGGAGAGGAACCCCCAGUUCCACGCGGCCAUUUGCCGUUUGCAGGAGUUGCCGCAGUGCCAGCGGCUGCCGUUUAUGUCCUUCCUGCUGCUUCCCUUCCAGAGGAUCACGCGGAUUAAGAUGCUCAUUGAGAAUAUCCUGAAGCGGACGGACGAGGGGUCCGAAAAAGAGCAAAACGCCACGAAAGCCUUAGACGCCGUAACAAAGAUUAUCGAGGAAUGCAACCGCGAGGUCGGGCGCAUGAAGCAGACGGAGGAGCUGAUUCACAUCGCGCAGAAGAUCGAGUUUGAUAAAAUCAAGGCGAUCCCCAUUAUAUCUCGGAGCCGGUUCCUGGAGAAGCAGGGAGAGCUGAAUGAGGUGCACCAGAAAGGGAGCCUUUUUGGGAUCAAACCGACCAAACUCACCCCCGUCUACCUCUUCCUCUUCAAUGACUACCUGCUCAUCACCCAGAGGAGGAGUUCAGACAAACACCUGGUUCUGGAUUACGCUCAUCGCUCUCUGGUUCAGCUCCAGUCCUGUCCUACGAUGGAGAACGGCUUCUUCCUGACGCUGCUGGAGAAUCACCAGGGAAAGACCUGCGACCGGCUCUUUAAAGCAUCCAAUCAGUCUGACCUCCAUCGCUGGGUGGCAGCUUUUCCCAGCCAGAAAGAUGAUGGUUUCUCUGACAGUGACACGAUAUACGAGGACUGGGACUGCCCCCAGGUCCACUGCAUAGAACCGUACAUUCCUGUACAGACCGAUGAGCUCAGCCUCGAACCCGCUGACAUCAUCAACGUGCUGAGGAAAUCCCCCGAGGGCUGGUACGAGGGGAUACGGCUGUCGGAUGGCAAGAAGGGCUGGUUUCCCGCGAGUCGCGUUCUUGAAAUAACGAAUGAACACGUAAGACGGAGGAACCUGCGCGAGCGAUACCGCGUCCUCCAGGCCGCGCGCCACAUUCAGCUGAACCGGCCCAGCGAGCACAAGAAGAAAUGCAGCUCUGCGUGAGUGGCCGGUAAACAGGACCGGAAAGGGAGCGCGGCCGGUAAACGGGACCGGAAAGGGAGCG